AUGGUUAAGAAGGUUGUCGAUUCAAGGAUUCCGACAUUGAUAAAAAAUGGAGUUCAGAAUAAACAUAGAUCAUUAUUUGUAAUUGUUGGAGAUAAAGGCAAAGACCAGGUGGUGAAUUUGCAUUGGAUUCUUUCACAAGCUCAAGUGACCGCAAGACCAUCUGUAUUAUGGUGUUAUAAAAAAGAAUUGGGGUUUACUAGCCAUCGUAAAAAAAGAGAAGCAAAAAUACGAAAGGAAAUUAAACGUGGCAUAAGAGAAGCUAAUGAAGAAGAUCCAUUCGAGCUUUUCGUUGCUGUUACAAAUAUUCGGUAUACAUAUUAUAAGGAGACGCAUAAUAUCCUAGGUAAUACAUAUGGCAUGUGUAUAUUGCAGGAUUUUGAAGCAUUAACUCCGAAUCUGUUGGCACGUACAAUUGAGACUGUAGAGGGUGGCGGCAUUGUUGUAAUAUUGCUUAAGACUAUGAAAUCGUUAAAACAGUUAUUUACAUUGACAAUGGACGUACAUUCUCGUUACCGGACUGAAGCUCAUGGUGAUGUUAUUGGCCGAUUUAAUGAACGUUUCAUCCUUUCCCUUGGAUCAUGCGAAAAUUGUCUAGUAGUUGACGAUGAAUUAAAUGUAUUGCCAAUAUCUGCUGGAAAAAAUGUUAAGCCUUUACAGUUAAAGCCAUCUGAGGAAUCUAUGUCUGAUGAACAGAUUGAAUUAAAAGAAUUUAAGGCAUCAUUAGCGGAUACACAGCCUGUUGGUUUACUUGUUGCCACAGCCAAGACAUUAGAUCAAGGAAAAGCUAUUCUUACUUUUAUUGAAGCUAUAUCAGAAAAGAAAUUACGUAGCACAGUAACACUUACAGCUGCUCGUGGUCGUGGUAAAUCUGCUGCACUUGGAAUUGCAAUCGCUUCUGCUGUUGCAUUCGGUUAUUCAAACAUAUUUGUUACAUCCCCUAGUCCCGAAAAUUUGAAAACAUUGUUUGAAUUUAUUUUUAAAGGAUUUGAUGCUUUGGAGUAUGAGGAGCACUUAGAUUAUGAUAUUAUACAAUCUACAAAUCCUGAUUUUAAUAAAGCCAUAGUUAGAGUUAAUGUAUUUAAACAACAUCGGCAGACUAUUCAAUAUAUACAACCACAAGAUGCACAUGCUCUUGGACAAGCCGAGUUAUUAAUCAUUGAUGAGGCUGCUGCCAUUCCAUUGCCAUUGGUGAAGAAUCUUAUUGGUCCUUAUUUAAUAUUUAUGGCAUCAACCAUAAAUGGCUAUGAGGGUACUGGUCGAUCUUUAUCUCUCAAACUUAUUCAACAACUUCGAGAACAAUCAAAGGGUUUUGUUGGCCAAGAAAAUAGUGUAGAACCUGAUGAUGGUAUGAUGGUAAUUAAUCGGAAUGGCAAGAACAAAAAAAAUGCAUUUACAUCAUUCAAUGGUGCCUUAACUGGCGGCCGAGUUCUUAGAGAAAUUAAACUUGAAGAACCUAUUCGUUACGGCUCUAAUGAUCCUGUAGAACAAUGGUUAAAUAAACUUUUAUGUCUAGAUGCGGCCAUUAUUUCAAGAAACAUUCAAGGGUGUCCGCAUCCGCAACAAUGUGAAUUAUAUUGGGUAAAUCGUGACACCUUAUUUUCGGUUCAUCCCGUUUCGGAGUUGUUUUUACAAAGAAUGAUGGCACUUUAUGUUGCUAGUCACUAUAAGAAUUCACCAAAUGAUUUACAACUGAUGUCAGAUGCUCCUGCACAUCACUUGUUCGUUUUGCUACCCCCCAUAAAAGGUGACAAUUCGUUGCCUGACCCUUUAUGUGUUGUUCAGGUGUGUUUAGAAGGCGAUAUAUCCAAACAAGCAGUCCUGAAUAGCUUGAAACGCGGUAGAAGAGCUAGUGGAGACUUAAUCCCGUGGUUAAUUUCACAACAGUUUCAAGAUGAUGACUUUGCUAGUCUUUCUGGAGCAAGAAUAGUAAGAAUAGCAACACAUCCUGAUUAUAUGAAGAUGGGUUAUGGAUCACGAUGUCUUGAAUUGUUGAGUGCAUUUUACCAAGGUGAAUUCUCUACUUUGAAAGAAAAUGAAGAUUACGCAGAAGAAACUAUGGUGAGAGCUGAUGACUCCGAAUUAGAAAAUGCAGAUCUUCAUAAAGAUGAUAUUAAAAUUCGAGAUCCUCAUAAGAUGCCGCCAUUAUUAUUAAAACUUUCAGAGAAAAGACCUGUUCUAUUACAUUAUCUUGGUGUUUCUUAUGGUUUGACACCGUUAUUGUAUAAAUUCUGGAAGAGAUCAGGGUUUAUUCCACUUUAUAUGCGACAAACUCCAAAUGAUUUAACUGGUGAACAUACAUGCGUUAUGCUCAAGGCUUUAAAAUCUGAUGGUCUUGUAACAACAUGUAAUCCAGAGUGGUUGGCAGCAUUUUCAAAAGAUUUUCAUAAAAGAUUUUUGAACCUACUGUCUUAUCAAUUCAGGGAUUUUCCUAGUGUUUUAUCAUUGAGCAUUAUGGAGACUGCUGAUGCUGGUUAUAAAAAUGUAAAUAAUAAUAAACAGAAAUUCACAAAAGAUAUUCUCGAUUCGCAAUUUUCUGUUUAUGAUCUUAAGCGUCUUGAGUCAUAUUCAAAUAAUAUGUUGGAUUAUCAUGUAAUAAUGGAUCUUAUUCCUACAAUUGCUUAUAUAUACUUUAGGAAACAAUUUGGCAUAGAUGUGGUACUUUCCGGCGUGCAGAGUUCGAUAUUAUUGGGUAUGGGUUUACAAAGAAAGAGUAUUGAUGAUUUAGAGAAAGAGCUUACACUUCCUUCAGCGCAAAUUCUCGCAUUAUUUAUGAAAAUUAUUCGUAAAUUUUCCGCGUAUUUUCGAUCUUUGGAAAUAUCUGAAAUUCAGAAAGAAAUUCCUCAUGAAACAACCGUAGUAAAGAAAAAAGCAGUUACCACUUCCAUUGAUUCAACAGAAAAAAACAUUAAAAAUAUAGUGAAUCCUCAAAUUGAUAACGAUGCAGCAUGGGAUCCUGUAUCGAAGACUCUAAAUGAAGAUUUAGAUGAAGCUGGUGAUGAUGCUAUGAAGCAAAUAAGAGAAAAACAAAGAGAAUUAAUUGAUUCGUUGGACCUGUCAAAAUAUGCGAUAGGCGGAUCAGCAGAAGAUUGGGAGGCAGCAGAAUCACAGAUAAAAGCAUUAACUUUAGGAAAGAAAUCGAACUUAACAGUUGUUAGUGUUAAAAAUCAAAAUUCUACGAAAAAAAGAAAACUUACUGAAACUGCUGCAAAUAUUUUAAUUGUUGUCGCCGUUCUUAUUGUCGAGUCUAAUUAUACAAAGGGGUUGAGAGAUAAGGUGGAUAUUGUUGAGUUAUUAAAGAGUUUUGGUCUCAAAGCUAUUCAUAGAGGUGGUAAAGGAGAUGGUGGUGUCGAUGUAGAAAGUCUGGAUGUUAUCAGAGAGUUAAGAGGAGUAGUAUGUUUAGAAGGUGUUGUAGGUAUUGUAGUUGGCAAUGAAUUUUCUCCCGAUGCAAUAAAUGAGGCCAAUAAAUCUGAAUCUUUUCCUAUCAUUCUAACUACUAAAACUCGACUCCCUUUAACUCUUCUUAAUCUUACUCUCGAUAUUAUUCAUAAAACUCCUAUCAAACUUUCUCGUUAUAACAAUUUUAUCUUAAUCAUUAAUUUCGUUAUAUUUGUACUUACUUUUUUCAGUCCUUACAUCUAA